UGCACAAGGGUAAAUGUCGUUUUCGGGUUACUUCUGAUAUUCAACGCCAACCCAUUGAAGUGCGGUGUGUUUUGUUUUUGUUUUAGUUUGCUUUUCCAAAAAGGACGCAUAAAAAAUGUUUCGAUUGAAAAUAUGUUACAUAAACAAAACAUGCGAAUAAAAAAAUCAAAGCGCGUUAAUUAUUUAAUUGCCUAUGCAUUUGUACAUGAAAUAAGCGAUUAAAGCCCUCGCCGUAAAUUGAUCCAGUUUCAACAGUUCUCAAAGUCCAGUCGCCUACGGAUAAUACUUGUGUUUUUAAAAAUUUGUGUGAGACAUCCUCUUGACAAGUAGAAUGCGCCAUGCCAAAAGUAUAUUUUCAUUUAUAUUUCGUCAUAAAUCAAAAAACCUAUUCUGUAACAGAUAAUACUAACUGAGUAAUCUCCAACAGAGGAUGUGUAAUCUCAAUAUACAUAUGUAUGUAUAUGUACUUAUGUAUGCAUGUAUAAUUGCCAAUAUGAAUGAUCGUACAGUUGCCUUUAUAAGUGCCAUUAGUGUAUUGUAAAACUUAAUAGAGGAUAAUAUUCUUUGUACCUGUAAACAAUAUUUAUAUAACUGCAAAAGUGCUUAAUUGUGUGUUCAUUUGUUGUUUGUUAAAAUUAAAAAUUUGGUUACAAAUGCAUAUCCUACAUCGAACCAGUGACCACCAGUUCGAAGACCAGAAAUUCAUGAUGGAACGCCUGACUAGUCAUGGCAGCUUGGGAUUGUCAAGCAGUAGCCCAGCAUAUACUACACACACAGGCGGCCACAGUGGACGUGGAGGGCCUUCUUCUGGGCAUGGCAGUCAUGGCAGCACCCAUGGAUCCGCAGCAACAAUGCAUCAUCAAUCAUUACAAUCAGAUUUCCAACCGCCCUAUUUUCCUCCACCCUUCCAUCAUACAACUCAAAGUCCGCCCCAACAACAGGUACCUGCAUAUUUACAGAACCAUGGAGCUUUAGAAUAUUUGGGUACAGAUCCCUAUGGGCAGCCGUUAUCAUCAUUACACCACGCUCCGCUGCAUCAUUAUAAUCAACUUGCGGGCUUGCGAUCAACUCAAGAUCAGCUUGGUAUACACAGAUCUCAUAGAGAAGCUGAACUUCAAGGGCAUGUGGCACAGCUGUCUCAUGGCUUUCCAUAUACAGACAGAAGAGCUGAAUAUGGGAGCACAAUAUCAGGAGGAGCCACACAUGGCGGUCGGUUAGCUCAUGAGCAUGAUCCCUUAGCCUUACAUCAAGCACUUCAAAAUGCUGUUGAUGAUGUCCAAAAUCCCGGUAUAGAUGACAACGUUGCAUUUAUGGCGGACCUACCUCUAAUCAAAAGCAUUAAAAGUGGGAAAGAAAUUGGAAGCAUUGGAUCUGGUUCGCCCAGUGAAGUAUUCUGCGCCGUUCCAGGACGACUUAGCCUCCUUUCCAGCACGUCCAAGUACAAAGUAACCAUUGCCGAGGUUCAAAGAAGGUUAUCUCCUCCAGAAUGUUUAAAUGCUUCUCUAUUAGGAGGAGUUCUUCGAAGGGCUAAGAGUAAGAACGGUGGACGACUACUAAGAGAAAAACUGGAAAAAAUUGGUUUGAAUUUGCCUGCGGGAAGACGAAAGGCCGCUAAUGUUACACUACUUACGUCGUUAGUAGAAGGAGAGGCAACUCACUUGGCGAAAGAUUUUCAUUUUGUUUGCGAAACUGAAUUUCCAGCCCGCCAGCUUGCCGAAUAUGUUAUAAGGCAUCAAACAGAACCGCAGGAUUCAUAUCGCAGAAAAGAACUUCUUAUACAUUCGCAACAGAUAACAAAAGAACUAAUGCAAAUACUCAGCCAAGACCGCACAACCCAUUACGGUACUAGAUCACAACAUUUGCUAGAACCAUCAAUGCAGCGCCACCUUACGCACUUCUCUUUAAUUACUCAUGGAUUUGGGUCACCAGCCAUAAUGGCCGUACUGCACGCUCUCCAGGCCUUUCUUAACGAAUCACUAAAUUAUUUAGAUAAAUUGUACCCUGCAAACAGUGGAGGCAUGGUAUCUUCCUCUCUUGAUAAAAAUAAAAUUGAUAGUGAUAAGAAAUGAUAGGAUGGGCUUGCUUUAUUUUAUUAAACACAAAAAAAACGUUUUAAACGAAGCUAAAUAUGUAAGUUUAUAUAUAUAAAUAUAUAAGUUUUUAUUAGGCAUAGAAAAAAGUAUAUGCCUCAUUGAGAAAUAUAAAUAACCUACAUAGUUUGUAUUCGAAGCCUAAUUUUAAUCUAUGUAUAUAUCUAUGUUUAUUUGCGUAUAACAGGUAUGUGUGUAAGCAAUUAGCUUUAUGUAUGUUUGUACAUGGAUAUGCGAUUGAGUGUGUAUGAAUGUAUCUGCAUUAGACUUGUCGUCAGUAUUCCAGGUUUUCAAUCUUAAUUUCAAAUGCUAUGUGUUUUUUCGUGCCAUGUAAUUAUGAAGGGGUUUUCAGUAACAACGACAUAUUUUCAAUAUUAAAGAACGAAACAAAAUAUGUGAGAUAACAGCAAAUGUAGUGUGAUGCAUAGAACGUUGCUAUUAUUGGAUUGAAUUUUUCCUACAAUUUGAUUUAUCCUACCAGAUUUUGGAUCGAAAUUGGCUGCAAGACUUUCAGCGGGCAGAAAUUCUGUAAAACAAACUUGCCUAUCAAUUUUAAGACAUGAUUAUAGAACGCCGAAAAACGAGGUACUCAUAAAAAAUGGUAUAGGUUUUAUUUUAAUGUAAUCCUCAAACCUCAAUUUGAAUAUAUAAUAACAAAAUACGAGUAUUGCUUAGUCUAUUUCGACACCGUAUGAAUCUAUACAAUAGUUAGCAAAAUCCGCUGUUAAUGAAUGCCGAGUCAAAAUUGGGCACUACUUCACUGCUACAGUGCUACAUAUUCGUUUAAACGCAUUGCAUUUUUUUCGUUUACUUUAGAACUGUUUUAAGAUUACAACAAUAACAACAACAAAUAUUCUUCCAAACUAUUCGUUUAGGUAACAGUAAACCAUCGUUGCAUUUGUUUCUUAUCUAUUGCUUUUUGUUGUAACAUAACGGGUCUCUAUUUAAAAUUAUGCUUAAAAAUGCUACAUAUUCGUAUAAACGCAUAGUUUGUUAAAGACUGCAGUAGUGAAGUUAAAAGUGAUUAACUUGUGAAUAUUGUUUGUAACUGAAUAUUUUGG